AUGAUCGCUAGUAUGUUUGCUACAGCAAAUAAUUCUUUCAGGAACGGUGAGAAUUUCUCUUCUCGGCCUCUGUUCCUAGGUCUUGAUGUGACAAUCCUUGUCAAGAUCGUUGUGUUUUUGUUUUGCUCAGGCAUCAUACUGUGGUGCUUAUGGGAUCUAUGGAAAGGAAAUGAUGAAGACUAUGAUGACACAGAUUUUUUGUAAGUUUAGAAACAUGUUUGUGUGUGUGUGUGUGAGACAGAGGAGGCUGGUGAGAGGAGCUAUAGGAUGAUGAGCUCAUUGUAAUGGCUGGAAUUGAAUUAAUGAAAUGGUAUCGAACAAAUCAUACAUAUGGAAACCACAUUUAUUAUAUUCCAGCCAUUACAAUGAGCCUGUCCUCCUAUAGCCCCUCCCACCAGCCUCCUAUGGUGUAUGUGUGUGUGUUUGUGUGUGCUAUAGCCAACACUUAAGAAAUGUCAUACAUUUCUUUUAUUUUUUAAAACUAAUAUCAGUGGUAUUUUUUCUCACAAGGGACAUGCUGAAGGAUUUGACCUCCCAGAGCUACACUCUAUACAGUAGCUACUUAGACCAUGUGAAUGAACUGGAUGAUCUGCCGGAGAACACUGUGCACAAGAUCAGGUGUGGGAGCAGAAGACAGAGGAAGCCAUGGCGGAGGCAGCCUCCAGAUUCCUAUGUUGACUCCAGCUCAGAUUAUCGCCCUGCUACGAAAUACUACUCUGAAUACGACAAUGAAUAUGACUCUUUCUAUGACAGGGCCAGUGAACUGGAAACAAAGAGAACCUUCAUUUUCCUCCAAACGUCAUGUCGAGUUACCGUCUGA